ACCCCCUCUUCCAUUUGUCCUGUUUGCACUAACCCUAUUUACAGAAUCAGAGAGAGAGAUUCAGAAAUCAAGCUUCAUUACAUUUUCCCAUCUCUCUCUCUCAUUUAAAUUUCAGAAUUUUUGCUGAAAUUCCUGAUUUUAUUGCCUCUUGAUCCGGAUUUCUCGUAUUUUUCAUACCAGAGGGUAAAAAUGGUGUUCUGGGUUUUCGGUUAUGGGUCAUUGGUGUGGAACCCUGGAUUUGAAUACGAUGAAAAAAUAAUUGGCUACAUCAAAGACUAUAGGAGGGUCUUUGAUUUGGCCUGCAUUGAUCAUAGAGGUACUCCUCAGCACCCUGCAAGAACUUGUACCUUGGAGCAAUACGAUGGAGCCAUCUGCUGGGGUGCUGCAUAUUGCGUGCAAGGAGGGCCCGAAAAGGAAAAGGCUGCAAUGGAGUAUCUGGAACGAAGAGAGUGUGAGUAUGAUCAGAAGACUUUGGUGAAUUUUUUCAAGGAUGGAGAUUCUGAGCAGCCCAUCUUAACUGGAGUGAUAGUGUUCACAUCGACUCCGGACACAGUUUCAAACAAGUACUAUUUAGGACCUGCCCCUGUGGAGGACAUGGCUAGGCAAAUUGCGACUGCCUUUGGUCCCUGCGGUAACAACAGAGAUUACAUUUUCUUGAUGGAGAAAGCCUUGUCUGACAUUGGUCAUGAAGAUGACUAUAUCAUAGAUUUGGCAAAUGAAGUGAGAAAGGUCCUUGGAAUUGUGGGUGGCGUACCAAAGGAGAAGAAGUUACCAUCUCCUCGUAUCCCUUUCAAAGCCCACAUGACUUCGCCUCUCAAAUUGGGACCUCUCCCUGAAGCAGUUGCCAUGGAUUCUUAGAGAAUCUCCUCUCAAUCUAGAAGUAGAGACAUUCUUUUUUCUUGUUUAGUUGACGGAUUUCUAAUGUGGAUUAGGGAAUCACACUAGCAAAGGUGUAGGGUCGACAAGCUAACGAAUGAAAUACAAUUUCUCUAAUUUAUAUCAGAUUACGACAUUUUAUUUGAAUAAAGUGCUGAGUAUCUUUCUGGGUUCAA